CUACACAGCAUCCAGAAUUAUUAUCGACACCCAAUCAAGACAGGCAACCGCUGCUACAGCUCCAGUAUCGGUGGUUGUAACCAGGGUAAACAAAGCACGCCCUCGAAUAUACUGUGUUCGACAAUCCCCGCCACCAUGAGUCAACUCUCAAGGUCGCUUUCCAACAGCGCACGCAAUCCGGUCCCAUCUCCUGCCAGUCCGCAGCCCAAGCCGAACAUGCCAGUCACCCCCUCAACUCCCCAGGCGCAAACCACCCAGAUGCUCACUCCGAACGGCACAUGGAGACACCCCAUGUUCGACGAGAUCACGCGACGCCAGAAUGCUGCCAACUUUGAUGAGAGCAAUGUCAGGAAGAUUGUUGCAAACGGCAGCCUUUUGCUGCUUUCUUACGUAGCUAGAGGCAUUCUUGCAUCACUGGUAGUCCCAGGACUUACCUCAGGCAAACCCGUCCUACAAGUCAUUCCCGCUGUCCCCUACAGAGGUCUGAUUAUCAAUUCCGUCCGCCUUAUCCUCUUCCUGAACAUACUCUACGCUUUGUACCCAUUGGUUCUUAGCUACUAUCCUGACGACCUCGCCGAUAUCCCUCUCACGCCCUCGCAGCGACUGAGUAUGGGCUUAGAUCCCAAUGUCGCAACACCGCAGACGCCUGGCUCUGCGUACCAAUCUCCCAACUACAUUACUCCUCCCCGAUACCAAAAGUCAACUCCUCGGAGCAGCUUCAGCAAUCAGGGUUCGCACUCACCAUUGUCGGGCAGCCCGCGCGCAAGCAUGGGGAAUUCGACGACCAACUCUCCUUUCUCGCCCAGUAAUACUGGCAGUCCGCUCUUCCAGAAAGCAGUUGGUGGCAGCUCGGCGUCGCAGCGCCUGAGCUUCGGGGGUAGUUCAAUGGGGAACAGCUUCUUCAGCGACAGCAGCUCGAGUGCCACCCCUGGGACACCGACACCGGGUGGAGGCAAAGCCAGUGUGGGCUUAAACAACAAGUGGCUGUACGAGAAGCGGAGGGACAGUCCUAGGAGCAACCUGUUCACUUGA